CAAGGUGGGAUCCAGCAGUUGCUUGCUGCUGAACAGGAAGCUCAACACAUUGUCAAUGCUGCCAGGACCGCAAAGAUGGCAAGGCUGAAGCAAGCCAAAGAAGAGGCUGAGAAGGAGAUUGCCGAAUACAAGGCUAAAACUGAGCAAGACUUUCAGAGGAAACUUGAGGAGACAAGUGGAGACUCGGGUGCGAAUGUGAAGAGG